AUGCUCAAGGUCGAGCGGUUCGCGCUGGGAGAGUUCACUCUCGUUGGUGGACAAAAGACCACUGACUGUUUCCUGGAAUACCACGCUCUUGGCGACCCGACAAACCCUGCUGUUCUUAAGCCGACAUGCUUCGGAGGUAGCAUUCGCUCCAGUGACAUACCAAUUGGAGAGGAGCAUACGCUUACGCCUGAGAAAUAUUUCAUCAUCCAGGUCGGCAUGUUGGGUGGUGGGGAGAGCUCUUCUCCCUCUAACUCCAAAGCACCUUACGACGGACCUCGGUUUCCACCGAUCACGCUAGCGGACCAGGUGGAAGCACAGAAGAAGCUCGUGGAAAGCCUUGGUAUAACGAAGCUGUGGGCCGUCACAGGAUAUAGCAUGGGUGCUAUGCAGUCUUAUCAAUGGGCCGUGCAAUAUCCAUCAUUCGUCCAACAUAUCAUCCCCACCUCCGGUGCUGCACGCUGCAGCCUACAUAACUACGUCUUUCUUGAAGGACCCAAGAACGCACUUUUCGCCGAUGGCAAGUUCAACAAUGGAGAAUACACGCCAGACGACCUUCCUCUCCUUGGUUUGAAGGGUUUUGCUCGUGCGUAUUCCGGUUGGGGCUUUAGCAGUGCAUGGUAUAGAGAGCAUCGGUAUAAGGAGCUCGGAUUCAAGGAUUUCGACGAGUAUUUGGUCAAGUAUUGGGAUGAAGGGAUGGGCACUUUGGAUGCAAACGACCUCCUCUCUCUCGUCAAGACCUGGCAGACUGGCGACGUAUCCAACAUCCCUCCUUACAACGGUAACUUGGAGGCAGCGAUGCAAGCCAUCGAGGCGCGUGCACUAGUCAUGCCGUGCACAACGGACCAAUACUUCGAGGCCGUCACGGGCGAACACGAGGUCUCGCUCAUGCGACCAGGCAUCGGCAAGUACAACCCGAUUAUCAGUAUCUGGGGCCACCAGGCCGGGGGAUGUAGUAAUCCUGUCGACAACAAGUUUUACGACGAUUCAGUUGCUGCGCUCUUUGCGGAGACUGAGGCGAAGCUGAACGCUUGA